AUGGCGGAUCAGAUACCCCGUUUCGCGACGUGCGUUUCGGAGGCGUUCGCUGACGGCAUUGUCGCGCUCAAGUUGACAGGCCGCGCCACGGCAGGUUCCCUGCUUCGAUCAUGGCUCUAUGUGCCAUUCGGGAUCGUCCUGAUGCUCCUGGCUGGAUGGUCUCUACGAUGGAUCAACGUGUUCUUCAUACCCACGUUCGUCCUUUUGCCGUUGAGUCCAUCGAUUGGCAUCGUGGAGGUCUUCAAGAUUAUUGCCGUAUUCAUUUUGGGAUUCGUUGCCAUGAUGGUCCUCACUGCGUAUAUGACGAGAUGGCUACAGAUCCUUACAGGCUCUUCCAAGAGAGCGCUGACAGAGCGGGCCGAAGAAUUGGGCGUGGAGGAUGAUCAGAUACCCGUGACAGAAGCACCGCCGAAUGAGAGCGCCCCCUCGUCGGCAGUAACCUCGGCGGCAGCGUCUACCGUUGCCCUGAACACCAUACAGCAGCCCCCGAGGUCUCAAGACCCUUCUCUUGUCAGACCCCAAGAUGCCUUCCAGAGCUUCGACGACAUAGUCGGCGGCUCCGAAACUGAGAGGCGAUUUGGCCAACCGACGCAAUCUCCAUUAGCACCACUACGGUCCCGACAGUGGGCAGCCUUCUUGACGACAAACCUGGACUGGAUAACCUACCUCUCCAUCUUCUUCCUUGUGGGUAUUCCCGUUUACUACGCGAAGGGUUAUGCCAUGCCGCUCCACCUCACAAUCACAAUCCUGGCAUAUUUCACAGCCAUGAUGCUCCCGCCCCAAUGGAGGCAGUACCUGCACCCCGUCCUCGUCUCCGCGCUCCUCACCGUGCUCACAACCUGGGUCUUUGCCCUUACUCGGGGCCAGGACCUCCACACCGCCCUCACCGAGUACCGGACUGGCCUCAAAUAUCUCCAACUCUGGCAAGGCACCAAGGCCACCACCAACAGCAACAACAACCAGCAGCAGCUGCUGCCGGGCGCAGGCGACGUGUUCGGCACCGUCCUCGACGCGAGCAUCGUGUCCUUGGCCCUGCCCAUGUACCAGCACCGGCGCGAGCUGCGCUCGCACUUCGCCGCCAUCGUCGUGCCCAACGUCGUGCUCGCCGCCGGCUCGCUGUUCGCCUACCCGCCCGCCUGCCGCGCCGCGGGCAUCGGCGCCGAGCGCGCCCUCGCCUUUGCGGCCAGGAGCCUGACGCUCGCCCUGGCGAUCCCCGCGACGGACAACCUCGGCGGCGACGCCAACACGGUCGCCGCCGUCGCCAUCAUGAGCGGCAUCGUCGGCGCGCUGGUCGGGCAGAGGAUGCUGGCGAUGCUGAAGAUCCCUGAAGACGACUAUGUCACCCGCGGAGUGACACUUGGGGCAAACUCAUCCGCCAUUGCAACGGCUCUCCUGCUCAGGACCGAUCCCCGCGCCGCUGCCCUAUCGAGUCUUUCCAUGAGUUUGUUCGGCACGGUUACCGUUUUACUCACGUCUAUCCCACCGAUACGAGAUUUAGUCCGCUCUUCAGUCGGGCUCUAA